CGGGACAGAUCUGAGAGGGGCAUGGAAGAGGCAGCAGCAGCCGCUUAGCGCAGCUCACCAGCGGGCAGCAGGAGGACGGACACCGCGCUGCACCUGCCACCCAAGCGGAGGAGAGGAGGAGCACCCACCGCUUCAACUUCUCCCAAAGUUUCGCUACCAGCUGUGCGUAAAAACUGGGAGCAUGCGUCCAGGACAGCCGGCGGUUUCCGUCUCAUGCGUAAAGGCGCAGUGAAGAGUUUGGAGAAAGUUUCCGAAAACAAAGCGAAGAGAGGCUCUUCUGACGGGAUCCCGGUCCGGCUCGGCAGGACAAAAUGCCGCGCCCCGGGAGGAACACGUACAGCGACCAGAAGCCUCCGUACUCGUACAUCUCCCUGACGGCCAUGGCCAUCCAGAGCUGCCCGGAGAAGAUGCUCCCACUCAGCGAGAUUUACAAGUUCAUCAUGGACCGGUUCCCGUACUACCGGGAAAACACGCAGCGCUGGCAGAACUCUCUGCGCCACAACCUCUCUUUCAACGAUUGCUUCAUCAAGAUCCCCCGUAGGCCGGACCAGCCCGGCAAGGGCAGCUUCUGGGCUCUGCACCCCAGCUGCGGUGACAUGUUCGAGAACGGGAGCUUCCUGCGGCGCCGGAAACGCUUCAAGGUGGGCAGCAUGCAGGCCGCGGACCCGCUGGCCGCCAGCAAGCCGCAGGAUGCGGCGCACUACCUGCAGCAGCAGGCCAAGCUGCGGCUGAGCGCGCUGCACGCAGCCGCGCACCUCCCGCAGAUGCCGGCCGGAUACAACCUGAGCUCCGUCUCGCAGCCGUCCAGCUUCAAGCACCCGUUCGCCAUCGAGAACAUCAUCGCCAGAGAGUACAAGAUGCCCGGCGGACUGGCGGCCUUCUCCACCGCCGGGUACCCGCUGCACAACCAGCUGACCCCGGCCUGGCCGCACAUGUACGGCUCCGGAAUGAUGGAGACUGCGGCCCCCAUCUCCAUGGCCGCCAGCGACUACUCGGCCUACGGCAUGCCACUCAAGACCAUCUGUCACGGCGGGCAGACGCUGCCCGCCAUCCCGGUGCCGAUCAAACCCUCCCCAGCCUCGGUACCCGGCCUGCCGGGGCUGCCCGCGCACAUUCCGGCUUUCCUCGCGAACUCGCCCCAGUCUCUGAGCCCCACCUCCCCGCAGACAGCCACCGGCCAGAGCAGCCCGGGCGGCCCCGGAGAAGCGCUGCAGUCCGCGGUGGCGGUGCACUGACGGGGGCUGCUCCGCUUUUUCUAUAUUUAAAAAAAAAAAAAAAAAAAAAAAAAACUUCCACCGCAGAGAGUUUAGGAAACCGCAGGCUGACCUCUGACCUCCACAGAAUUAAUCAAAAUGAUCGACUGGCUUUCUUUUCCACCGAGGUCAGAAACAAAUUUGCUCCACAUUCCUUCGCUUCACCGUGACUGAGUUUAACGGCUCGGUGGAUCCCGCACAGACAAAUUAUCCGGAUCUUUUGUGUUUGCAGCCUUUUCUUCUCGGACUCAAAGAAACCCUCAGAUUAAUGACUCCAGAAGAUUUUUCUCCCUCUUGAGCCUCUCCGUUUCUUUUCUGCCCCCAAAACAAAAGUUAAACCUAAAAGGAGGUUAAUUUGAUCCCAUUUGUAAAACUCAAGAGGAAAAUCUGCCUAAAGAAGCCGGCAGGCGUGUGAACAACCAAAUAUGUCCCCGCUGUUUUUUCCUUUCUCAAUCGAGUUUAUUUUGUAAUAAUCGAUAUGAACAAUCGCAGAGAAGAUGAAACGUAAAAGCAUAUAUUUAUGUCACAGUCUAAAAACCCACCGGAGAGGUUUGAAUGCAAGGAUCUAUGUCUCUGAAGCACUUUUUAAAGACCAACUUUAGAUGUUUUUUAUUGAGUAGCGAGGCCAUGUUGGUUUGAUUUAAAGGUUUGGUGUUACAAUGAGCCGCUGUCUGUGUAUUUGUACUGCUGCAUGCUCCUCCGUCUGAAAAGCAGAGAAUAAUCCAGUGUUUGUAUGUUUUUUUUAAAUGAUUAUUUUCAUUUUGGGGGCAUUGAAAAGCAUGAACAUGACUAAUGGGCUUUUUAUUCCCUUCGCUGUGUCUGCUCAUCCAGAUCCAUUAAAGAAACCUUCAUGGGCAAAAAUACAGGAAAUAAAACCAGUCCG